AUGAAGAACGGAUUGGUUUCACAUGCCCCACUCACGCUCAACGGAACGAAUAUCUCUAAGUGCUCCAGCUACAUCUAUCUAGGUCGGGAAGUCAACAUGAUAAACAACCUAAAUCCAGAGCUGAGCAGUAGUAAACGAGCGGCUUGUGGUGCUUUCAAAAGCAUCGAGAAUGUAGUGAAGAGAACAAAGAGCACCCAACUCCGCGCCCGCCUUUUCGACUCAACGAUGCUUCCUGCCCCAACGUAUGCGUCAGAAACGCGGUCGCUGCGUAAGCAGGGUAAAACGUCACUCAACGUUAUCGAACUCGCAGUCGAAUGGACUAUGAUAGCAGUAUACCGCUCCACGCAAGUAAGGGAUGGGAUCCGCAGCUCCGAUCUGCGUCAACGAGCAAAAAUCAAAGAUGCUGUUCUGUACGCCAAACAGUCGAAGAUAAGGUGGCGCGGAGACGUAAUGCGUAUGAAUGACAACCGAUGGACAAGAGCCAUUAGUGACUGGAUGAUUGAAGUUCUGAACCUCUGGAAGUAA